AUGUACAGUACGUGGAGAAUAUUUUGCAAUGUGGUGUGUUUAAUGUUGGUGGUGCAGUGUCACGCACAAGAAUCGGAACCAUGUUUUACGCCCAGUGGUACUGCUGGGCGGUGUAUAAGAGUGCGGGACUGUGGCUAUGUGAAGGAUCUGAUGAGAAAGGAUCUGUUUUACUACAACGAUACGGAGUAUCUGGAAAAGUUACUGUGUAGCACACGGCCCGACGGUUUUGCGCUCGUUUGUUGUCCUCAGUUUACGAACGAACCGCGGUGUGGUCCAUCAGCCGUUGUUGACCGGAUCAUGGGGGGCAACGAUACCGAGAUUGGAGAGUAUCCGUGGAUGGCUUUGUUACGGUUUCAAACUCGCAACCAUAAGAUCAGUUCAAACUGUGCAGGUACGCUGAUAAACAAGCGGUUCGUUCUUACAGCCGCCCAUUGUCACACAUCGGCGAAGAAGAAGGGAUGGGUUAUUCACUCGGUGCGAUUAGCCGAAUGGAAUUUCAUGAACCAUCGUGGAAACAAAGACUGCAAGCAGCUAGAGCGAUAUGACAUACCCGUCUGCCGCAAGGACUACGAUGUGGAGCGGUUUGUGGUUCAUCCCGACUACCACAACAGCUACGGGGUAUACAUCAACGAUAUCGCAUUAAUUGAGCUAGCGACCGACGUGGAGUACAAUGUGUUCGUGACACCAAUAUGUCUGCCGGUGGAUGCAACCCAUCUCCAACCGGAUGACACUGAAACGGAGUAUACGGCCGCCGGUUGGGGUUCGACGGAUAAUGAUUCCGGAAUGUCGUCCAGACUGAAGCAGAUUAAUCUCCGGAAGUUUGAUUUGGAACAGUGCAGCAAGCAAUUCCAAUCACCCAAUGACGCCGUUGUUGGGGUGGAGCAUAUUUGUGCAGGUGGAGUACGCCAUCAGGACACAUGCCACGGAGACUCGGGUGGUCCACUGAUGGAGUCCGUGCAAGGAGUGUGGUAUUUGGCCGGCAUCACCAGCUUCGGAUGGCCCCGCUGUGGUAAGAAUGGUGUCCCGGGGGUGUAUACGAAUGUGAGCCACUAUAUGGGAUGGAUUGCCCAGGAGAUGUAUCGUGGCAAAAAGGUGUAG